UUUUUUAUUCGAUUUGUAGUUCAAAAUUUUUGACAUUUGUCCAGGGAUCGAUAAACAAGAGGAUAAUUAGAUGAAUAAAUUAUGAAAUCGAGUUUUAAUGAGGGAUUAGUGAUGUUUACUUGGGGUUUAGUCGAACAUUUGAUCGACUCCGGAAUAUAUUCUGUCUUUUCGAGAAGAUACUUCUCGGGGUUUCGGGAAUGGUUGAGGCAAUAUGGAAAACCCUCUUGAUUUGAUAAAAAUUGAUUCUCCUGAUUUUGUUAUAAUAAACUACCAAUCCAUUCCAGACGUAGAGCACGAAGCUAGAGUACCAAAGAAAAUUCUCAGAUGCCGUGAGGUAUCACGAGAGAUAAACUUCAGUUCUGUGGAGCCAUUGGAGAGAUUCAGGCUGGAGCAAAAAGUCCUGUUCAAGGGACGAUGCCUCGAGGAGUGGUUCUUCGAGUUUGGCUUCGUCAUACCGAACAGCACAAACACCUGGCAAAGUCUCAUUCAAGCAGCUCCUGAAAGUCAAAUGAUGCCUGCCAACGUCUUGAAUGGAAACGUCGUAAUCGAGACAAAAUUCUUCGACGAUGAUAUCUUGGUGUCGACCAGUCGAGUUAGAUUAUUUUAUGUUUAGACCUUUCUAGUGCCGUUAAUUAAUUAUUGAUAAGGACCUAGUCACAGCACAAUUUUAUGAAUAUUUUACACAUAAGUGAUUCCACAACGAAGUAUUUUCAUAUUUAUUCUACUGCAUUAUAAUAAAAGAAUGUUGAGUUCCUCAUUAAAAAAAUUACAAAUGACAAA